AUGGCGCUUCUGUACCAUGGUCGACAAAUCUCGAUCAAGUCGGCGGGACAGGAUGAAAGUAACCUGGUUGUUUUCAUCCGACAUGAACAUGCCACUGAGAGCUUCCGGCAUCUCCUUUGGACCCAAAAAGAGUCAAUUGCGGCCUUGGUUCGACACAAUCUUCACUUGCGCGAGCAUGACGGUUGUAUAGUUCUCCCACCCGAGUCCUGGAUCCAAGGCGCCUUCAAUAUUUGUGUUCUUGUCCACAUCACCGUUGCUGGACGCUCGACCAACCUCGUCUUCCGUUGCCCGAUGCCUCACAAGCUCGCUGAAAUCCAGUAUGCUGGCACCAUUGACGAAAAGGUCCGGUGCGAAGUCGCCGCCUAUGUAUGGAUACAAGAGCACUGUCCCGAUAUUCGAAUCCCGCGUCUCUAUGCCUUUGAUUUCGUCGAUGGUAGUCAGUUUACCCACCUUGACCAAGCACCCUUUUAUGCGCGGAUUUAUCGAAAUUUCCGGCGAUGGAUACACCGCAUCAUAGGCCUUCCUCUUCUCUCCAACUACGCCCGUGACAGAUCGGCCCCGGCCGUCGAUACAGCGUAUAUGCUCCUUGAAUAUAUCGGUCCCGAGACCGGGGAGAUGCUUUCCAUCACGUGGGCCCAGUACACGAAAGAUGAUCAGCGCAGGGUCCGCCUCUUCCAAGGCAUGUCGCGCAUUAUGCUUUCUCUGGCACGCCUCCCACAACCAUGCAUUGGUUCCUUCCGAUUCAAUCCGAGCGAUUCGACCAUCACACUGACCAACCGGCCUCUCAUGUGUACCCCGAUGAUUUUCGAGCACAGCGGCACUCGGCGAACAAUCCAACCUCACGAGACAUAUCGGACCACGGACAGCUUUGUUUCGGAUAUGCUCACGCUCCAUGACCACUACUUGCUUUCUAACCCUCAUGCUGUUCGGAACAAGGACGAUGCCCAUGAACGGAUUGCAAUCCGGACGAUGCUCCGAGCUGUCUCGCACCAUUUCAUAACGUCCCGUCGACGAAACGGUCCUUUCCUCCUCCAGCUGACCGACUUCCAUCAAAGUAAUAUCUUCGUCGACGACGACUGGAAUGUCACUUGCUUGAUCGAUCUAGAGUGGAUCUGCGCCCUCCCAGCAGAAAUGCUGUCCGUCCCGUACUGGAUUACGAACUGCAGUAUUGAUAAUAUCAUCGACGAACGCUACGAUCCAUUCGACGAGGUGCGACAGCUUUUCUUGCGAGCCAUGGACGAGGAGUUACGAGUCAUGGACGAAGAGGCUAGCCAUUUCCGGCUUCAACAUGAUAUUCCGGUCACGAAGACAAUGAGAGACUCUUGGUUGUUGAAAGGAGUGUGGUUUUGGGCCUGUCUACGAUCGUUGAAUGCCUGGCCCUUCAUCCUCGAGGAUCACCUUCUUCCCAAAUUCGCUGCCGGCAAAGAUUUCGUGGCUGAUCUGAAGCCGUUAGCGACCUUGUGGCGAGAGGAUGUCGAGCGAAUUGUGGAAACCAAACUGGUAGAUGAGGGAAGGUACCAACAAGAGCUCCGUAGCCUUCUUGAAGAUUCCAUCGCACAGUAG